AUGCCCGACGAAGUCGCCAAAUACCAAGGCCCAUUCCUCCAAGAAACCUUCAACAUCACCGCCGAUCUCUCCCCCCUAUUCCUCGAAGCCCGCCUACCCGUCUGUCCAACCCCCCCCAACAAACCCACAUGCUCCUCCCCCCACGACGCCAACCGCAUCCUCCUCUUCUCCCCCGGUUACAGCAUCCCCCGCCUCUACUACAACACCCUGGCCGCCUCCAUCGCCAGCCAAGGCUUCACCGUCAUCACCAUCGACCACCCCUUCGACGCCAACAUCAUCCUCUACCCCCCCGCCACCAACACCCACACCAACCACACCACCAUCCACACCAACACCUCUAUUAUCUCCCACCCCACCUGGGAUUUACACCCCCGCGCCGCCGACGCCUCCUUCCUUCCUCACCCAGCUGUCCAACGCCACCGCCAUGGCCCACCUUCCUCCCGCACCGCGGCCCCCGCCACUUCCCCACCGACCGUGUCGCCAUGCUGGGGCAUUCGGCAGGCGGUGCGGCCGUGA